AUGACAGCUGGAAAACGACAAUGGCGGGUUUUAUUUUGCGUGUUAUUCAGCCCCACUCUUGCUCUUUAUCCACUCAGCCGUAGGAGAGGUUUUGGAUGGGAUGAAGCCAACCUUGGUGAAAUUGAAGCAAAUAAACAUGAUCUUUAUCUCCUAUUGGGGGGCUCUAAUAGUUUCCUUGAAGGAGAUGAUAAUAUCAACAUCAGACUGAAUGCUGAUGCAAUUCGUUCAGCACUGAAUGAGAUGGCAUCUUCUAGUAGCAACAGUAACUCCCAUUAUGGAUGGACAUCUUCAGAUGAUGAAGAUGAAGCAGAUGUCAUGGAUCAUGAUCUAGGUGGGAAGAGUGCAAGAAGCUUUAGGGAGAAAAGAAAGGCGCACUAUGAUGAAUAUCGCAAAGUGAAAGAGUUACAGAAGAAGGAAUCAAUGAAAAAGGAUGAUGAAAAGCAAUCCAUUGUUGAUGGUGUGGGAGAUAUAAAUAUCAGUAUGCAUUACAAAAGAUAA